AUGGAGAACAAGGGCUACACACAGGAUGGCUCUGUUGAUCUCCGGGGGCGACCCGUUCUUGCUUCCCAAACCGGGAGGUGGAGGGCUUGUGCCUUCCUAGUAGGCUAUGAAGCAUUUGAAAGGAUGGCCUUCUAUGGUGUAGCCUCAAAUCUGGUGGUCUAUUUGACAACCGAACUGCACGAGGACACGGUCUCGUCGGUGAGGAGUGCUAACAACUGGUCAGGUUCGGUUUGGAUCACACCGAUCCUUGGAGCCUACAUCGCCGAUACCUACUUCGGCCGAUUCUGGACCUUCACUAUUUCGUCUCUCAUCUAUGUCUUGGGCAUGAUCCUCUUGACAAUGGCAGUUUCCCUCAAGACUUUGAGGCCAACAUGCACCAACGGGGUCUGCAACAAGGCAACACCAUCCCAGAUUGCCUUCUUCUAUGCUUCCCUCUACGUUAUGGCCAUUGGAGCUGGGGGGACCAAGCCCAACAUAUCGACAUUCGGCGCCGACCAGUUCGAUGACUUCGACCCCCACGAGAGGAAGCUAAAGGUCUCCUUCUUCAACUGGUGGAUGUUCAGUAGCUUCUUGGGGGGCCUCAUGGCCACCCUUGGCCUCGUUUACAUCCAGGAGAACCUUGGGUGGGGUCUCGGCUACGGCAUCCCCACCGCAGGGCUCAUGCUGUCCCUCCUCAUCUUUUACUUGGGCACGCCGAAUUAUAGGCAUAAGGUCAGGAAGACUGAGAGCCCAGCGAAGGAGAUAAUAAAAGUUUGUGCCGCUGCUUUCUCUAAUCGAAGGCUUGUCCUACCCAAUGACCCGGCGCAGCUCUACGAGCUCGAGCCGCAGCAUUAUAUCAUCACCGGAAAGCGGCGAGUGCAUCACACUUCUGCUUUCAGGUUUCUAGACAAGGCAGCACUGAAAGAGCGACCCAGACCCUGCACGGUGACCCAGGUGGAGGAGACCAAGCUGGUCCUCGGCAUGAGCAUCAUCUGGCUGGCCACCCUCAUCCCCAGCACCAUCUGGGCCCAGGUCAACACUCUGUUCGUCAAGCAAGGCACCACCCUAGACCGAAGCCUCGGCCAUGGCUUCCAGAUCCCCGCCGCAUCUCUCGGUAGCUUCGUCACCAUCUCCAUGCUCCUCUCCGUCCCCAUCUACGACCGCUUCUUCGUCCCCUUCAUGCGCCGCCGCACCGGCAACCCCCGAGGCAUCACCCUCCUGCAGCGUCUCGGCAUCGGCUUCGGCUUCCAAGUUCUCGCCACCACGGUUGCCUCCCUGGUAGAGCUCCAUAGAAUGCAUGCCAUCAACUCACACCAUGCCAACGGCCCCAAGGACAUCGUCCCCAUGAGUAUAUUCUGGCUGCUCCCCCAGUACAUCUUGCUAGGCAUCGGCGACGUUUUCAACGCCAUCGGAUUGCUCGAAUUCUUCUACGAUCAGUCCCCUGAGGACAUGCAGAGCUUGGGGACGACGUUCUUCACCAGCGGCAUCGGCGUCGGGAACUUUCUAAAUAGCCUUCUGGUGACCGUGGUUGAUAAGUUGACGAGGAGAGUUGGAGGGAAGAGCUGGAUUGGGAACAACUUGAAUGACUCCCACCUGGACUACUACUAUGGAUUCUUGAUGGCUAUCUCGGCCAUCAAUCUCGCCGUCUUCAUCUGGAUUUCCAGCAGAUACAACUACAAGAAGGAGACGUUGGAGGUGACGGAGAGGAAGGUGCUGUGCGUCCAGAUGGAUGGCAAGGUUAUGGAUGCUCCCCCAGCUACUCUAGGGUUGCAAGUGUGACAGUGUAUAUAUAUAUAUAUAUAUAU